GAGAGGCCCGUUAGCGCUGCUCAGCCCCGGCGCCCGGCCCAGCCCCGACCUCUGGAUCCAGCCGGUGCCCCGAAGUCACCAUGAUGUGGCCCCCACCACCCACCUUCUCUGUGUUCCUGCUACUGCUGCUAAGCCAAGUCCCCUCCAGCAGGCCACAGUCACCAGGCACCAAGAAGCUCAGGCUUGUGGGCCCAGCGAACAGGCCAGAGGAGGGUCGGCUGGAGGUGCUACACCAGGGCCAGUGGGGUACAGUGUGUGAUGAUGACUUUGCUCUCCAGGAGGCUACAGUGGCCUGCCGACAACUGGGCUUUGAGUCAGCCUUGACCUGGGCACACAGUGCCAAGUUUGGCCAAGGAGAGGGCCCCAUCUGGCUGGACAAUGUCCGUUGUUUGGGCACCGAGGACACCCUAGAUCAGUGUGGCUCUAACGGCUGGGGUGUCAGUGACUGCAGACACUCAGAAGACGUUGGGGUGGUGUGCCAUCCACGGCGCCAGCAGGGGUAUCACUCUGAGAAGGUCUCCAAUGCCCUCGGGCCCCAGGGCCGGCGGCUAGAAGAGGUGCGGCUCAAACCCAUCCUCGCCAGUGCCAAAAGGCACAGCCCAGUGACUGAGGGGGCUGUGGAAGUACGGUACGAGGGCCACUGGAGGCAGGUGUGUGACCAGGGCUGGACCAUGAACAACAGCAGGGUUGUGUGCGGGAUGCUGGGCUUUCCCAGUCAGGCACCUGUCAACAGCCACUACUACAGAAAAGUCUGGAAUCUGAAGAUGAAGGAUCCCAAGUCUAGGCUCAAUGGCCUGACAAAGAAGAACUCCUUCUGGAUUCACCGGGUUGACUGUUUGGGGAUAGAACCCCACUUGGCCAAGUGCCAGGUACAGGUGGCUCCAGGAAGAGGCAAGCUCCGGCCAGCCUGUCCGGGCGGCAUGCACGCUGUGGUCAACUGUGUGGCAGGGCCGCAUUUUCAGCGACAGAAGCCAAAGCCGAAGCACAAGGAGUCCCGCGCAGAGCAGGAGCUGAAAGUGCGCCUGCGCUCUGGCGCUCAGGUGGGUGAGGGCCGUGUGGAAGUGCUCAUGAACCGCCAGUGGGGCACAGUCUGUGACCACAGGUGGAACCUCAUCUCAGCCAGCGUUGUGUGUCGCCAGCUUGGCUUUGGCUCUGCCCGGGAGGCCCUUUUUGGGGCCCAGUUGGGCCAAGGGCUAGGGCCCAUCCACCUGAGUGAGGUGCGCUGCAGGGGCUAUGAGCAGACCAUCGGCGACUGCCUUGCCCUAGAAGGGUCCCAGAAUGGUUGUCAACAUGCAAACGACGCUGCUGUCAGGUGCAACAUCCCUGACAUGGGCUUCCAGAACAAGGUGCGCUUGGCUGGUGGGCGCAACUCGGAAGAGGGCGUGGUGGAGGUGCAGGUGGAGGUGAAUGGGGUCCCACGCUGGGGGACUGUAUGCAGUGACCACUGGGGGCUCACUGAAGCCAUGGUGACCUGUCGGCAACUCGGUCUGGGAUUUGCCAACUUUGCUAUCAAGGACACCUGGUACUGGCAGGGGACACCAGAGGCCAAAGAAGUAGUGAUGAGCGGAGUUCGCUGCUCAGGCACAGAAAUGGCCCUUCAGCAGUGUCAGAGGCAUGGGCCUGUGCACUGCUCCCACGGCUCGGGGCGCUUCUCGGCCGGCGUUGCCUGCAUGAACAGUGCUCCAGACCUCGUGAUGAAUGCCCAGCUGGUACAAGAAACGGCCUACUUGGAGGAUCGUCCACUCAGCAUGCUGUACUGCGCUCAUGAGGAAAACUGUCUCUCCAAGUCCGCUGACCACAUGGACUGGCCGUACGGACACCGGCGCUUGCUGCGCUUCUCCUCACAGAUCUACAACCUUGGCCGGGCUGACUUCCGUCCCAAGGCUGGACGACACAGCUGGAUUUGGCACCAGUGCCACAGGCACUACCACAGCAUCGAGGUCUUCACCCAUUAUGACCUGCUCACGCUCAAUGGUUCCAAAGUGGCUGAGGGGCACAAGGCCAGCUUCUGUCUAGAAGAUACAAACUGCCCCUCAGGAGUGCAGCGGCGCUAUGCGUGUGCCAACUUUGGGGAACAGGGAGUGGCUGUAGGCUGCUGGGACACCUACCGGCACGACAUCGAUUGCCAGUGGGUGGAUAUCACAGAUGUGAGUCCAGGGGACUAUAUCUUCCAGGUGGUUGUGAACCCCACAAAUGAUGUGGCAGAAUCAGACUUCUCCAACAACAUGAUUCGAUGCCGCUGCAAGUAUGAUGGGCAGCGAGUCUGGCUGCACAACUGCCACACAGGAGAUCCCUACCGACCCAAUGCAGAGCUCUCCCUGGAGCAGGAACAGCGACUCAGGAACAACUUGAUCUAAAGCCGUUAUUGCACGCCCCCAGCUCUGCUCACACACCAGAUACCUCAGCUUACUGGAGCCAUGCCCUUCACAAAGCCCUGACUCACAGGACAAGGGGCCAGUGACAAGGAGCACCAAGAAGCUGCUCAGGAAGCCUUUCAGUGGCCAGAUCAUCACCGGGAUGGCAGUACUCUCAGGACGGCUCUGGCCCCUCCAGAGCACCUAUGGCCUAGACAGCAUGGCCUUGAGGCUCUG